AUGUCUUCAUUACAAGAAAAGAGACCAGCCGACCCUGUGGUUGAGGAACCUACAGAAGUUAAGAAACAACAUGUGGAAUAUCCUAAAGGUGUAGCUGUUCUUAAGGCAGAAUAUAUUAUCCAGACCCCAGUCAAUGAUAAUAGAUCUAAUGAAUAUGAUGAUGAUGAAGCUGAAGGUGGUGAAAGAUCUAAAGGUGAUGGAAACAAUAACAAUAAUGGAGGUGGUAAGAAAAGACGUGGUCAAAACAAAAACCGUGAUUUAAGACAAAAGAAAGAAGAAAUCAGAUUAUGUUCUACUUUAUUAGAUCCUGAUAAUAUUAAAGAAUGUAAUUUUGGAGCUGAAAAAUGUCGUAAUUCUCAUAAUGUUGAAGAAUAUCUUGCAAGUAAACCAGCUGAUAUUGAUGGGGUAUGUCCUGUUUAUCAAGCUAUUGGAUAUUGUCCAACUGGGUUGAAAUGUAGAUGGUUGAAAUCUCAUUAUGUUGAAGGUAAAUUAUUAAGAAAAGAGGCCCAAGAUAUUAAACAAGAUGAAGAAGUUAAUAAGAUAUCUCAUGCUUCUAAGGAUUUAUUAAGAAAGAAGAAAUAUGAUUUCAAAAUUGCCAAUCAAGUCAUUCCAUAUAUUGAUUCCCAAAUUCAAAAUGAAGAAAAUUUAGAAAAACGUAAAGAUAAUGAAGCAUCAUUUGUUGAAGCUCCAUUUAAAGUAUCAGAAAAGAAGAAAUUAUAUUUGAAAGAUGCCAAGAUUGUUUCCCCAUUAACUACAGUUGGAAAUUUACCAUAUCGUAGAUUAAUGAAAACAUUAGGAGCUGAUAUCACCUAUUCAGAAAUGGCAUUAACCAUUCCUAUGUUACAAGCCACUGCAGCUGAAUGGGCUUUACCAAAAGCUCAUAAAUCGGAAUAUCCCGGAUUUGGUGUUCAAAUCGCUACUUCAAAACAUUAUCAAGCUGCCAAGGUUACAGAAGCGAUAUACAGAGAAACUACCAGUGUAUCUGAAAUCAAUUUAAAUUGUGGUUGUCCAAUUGAUUUGUUAUAUAGACAAGGUCAAGGAUCUGCAUUAAUGGAUCAACCUGCUAAAUUAAUCAGAAUUUUAAAAUCAAUGAAUUAUAGUUCUGGUGAUAUUCCAAUAACAGUUAAAAUGAGAACUGGUACUAAAGAUAAUAAAAACACUGCUAUCUCAUUAGUUGACCGCAUAAUGAAAGAAAAUGAUGUGGCUGCUAUUACCUUACAUGGUAGAUCAAGACAACAACGUUAUACUAGAGAAGCUGAUUGGUCAUAUGUAGGAGAUGUGGCUAAGACUGUUAAAGAAUGGAAUGAAAAGAAACUUGAUGAUAAAGAAAAAUCAGAUACUCAACCUACCUGGUUUAUUGGUAAUGGUGAUAUUUAUACACACGAAGAUUGGUAUAAUGCCAUGGCUAUAGAUGGAGUUGAUUCCGUGAUGGUUGCUAGAGGUGCAUUAAUCAAACCCUGGAUCUUUGAAGAAAUUGAAGCUCAACAAUAUCUUGAUAAAUCAGCUUCUGAAAGAUUAGAUAUGUUAAAGACCUUUAGUAAUUUUGCUAUUGAACAUUGGGGAUCUGAUGAAUAUGGAGUAGGAUUAGCCAGAAGAUUCAUGUGUGAAUUCUUAAGUUUUACACAUAGAUAUAUUCCUAUUGGUAUUUUAGAAAGAUUACCUCCAAAGAUCAAUCAAAGACCACCAUUAUGGAGAGGUAGAAAUGAAAUGGAAACUUUAUUAGGUUCAACUGAUUAUAAAGAUUGGAUUAAAAUUACUGAAAUGUUCUUAGGUAAAACCAGUCCUGAAUUUCAAUUCACUCCAAAGCAUAAGAGUAAUUCUUACGAAAAAUCAUAG